AUGUUUGCGGGAACGGCCUUUGUCGACAUCAAGCAUCUCCGCGCGGCUGGGUAUCCGAACCGAAAGGCCGCCCGAAAAGCAUUCUUUCAGAGGGCGAGGUUGCUGUACGACUUUGACUACGAAGUGGAUCGUAUCUCCCUCGUCCAAGCGCUGCUUUUGAUGACCUAUUGGUACGAGACGCCGGAUGACCAGAAAGACACGUGGCAUUGGAUGGGAGUCAGCCUGUCGCUUGCCCACACGAUCGGCCUGCACCGCGAUCCUGCCAACUCCGGGAUGGGCCCGCGAAAGAAACGGCUGUGGAAGCGGAUCUGGUGGAGCACGUACACGCGAGACCGACUGAUCGCGCUGGGGAUGAGGCGGCCGAUGCGGGUGAAGGACGACGACUGCGAUGUGCCCAUGUUGACGAUCGACGACUUCGAAUUCAAGACGUACCCUCCCGAGAUCCUGAACAUGCUGGGCAACUCGGCAGCUGGCGAUGAUGUUCAUCGAGAAAGCGAAGCUGUGCCUGUGUGUCAGCCACGUCUUGACAGCUCAGUACUCAGUCCUCAGCCAUCGGUUCGGCGGCACGACGGAGACGACGAUGAUGCUGGUGCCGAAGAAGUCGAGUUCGGAGACGUUCCAGGUCCGACGCUGCGACCAGGAGCUGGAAGACUGGCAGGCCAAUCUGCCGGCGGAGAUUCAGUACUGGACACCCCCAUCCGGGAAUCUGACGGAAGCGGAGGAGUCGCUACAUGUGCAUCGGGCGUUGCUACGGAUGAUCUACCUGACGACGUCGAGUGCGCUGCAUCGGCCGCAAGUGUUGCCGGCGAGUCCGUUCCCGGCGGUGGAUGCGGAGCUGCAGGAGAUAUCACGCAACAAGACUUUGCCACCUCGUUCCUGGAGGCAGCCAUCCGGAAGGCGGGCAUCCAGAUCAACGUGCCGCCGGCUGAGACGCCCGCCCGACCACCGCCGCCCCCCGCCCCUGUCCGCCCGAAGACAUUGACACCACCGCCGGAUUCUCUAGCGCAGAAGCUCCCGGACCUGACGUAUCCUGACCCGACACCGUCUGGGCUGCCAAUUCCUGAAGAUGGCGGGAUGAUGUUCGCGGCGACGCCGCCGCACUCGAACGGCAGCGAGAACGGCAGCACGCAGAACCUGAACCCGAACGUGGUCGAUUCGGGCAAUUUCGAGCCGGCCGGCCAUGGUGGCAACGAUGAGCUGAGUCUGGACGAAUUCAUCGACCUGGCCAACGACGCCGAAGUGACGCAGAACGACUUUGACGCGCUGAUCAACUUUGACGACGCGGGUGCCGACCUGUUCGCGGCGGAGGACGGAUUGGGGAUGGGCCUGACGAACGGCGCAGACGGGAACCAGAAUGGCGGCAGCGGCGGCGGGUUCAAUUUCAACGUGGACCUCGGUCAGGAUUUCAGCGAGAACGUCUUUAACUUGGACAUGCCGGGUGGCAGCAACAACAGCAACAACAGCAACAGCAGCAGCAACAACAAUAACAAUAAGAAAUCCUCCGUCGCCGGGUCAGAAGCUACUGGCCUAGACGUGAACGUGAACAUGAACAUGACCAUGCCAAAGCCGAAAGAGCACGGCAUGACGAGUGAUCUGGAGGCAGAUCUGGGCCUUGCCCUGGAGGCAUGA